GGGCUCAUCAGCUGCUUUGUUCGCAGGCCCAUCUCGCAUCCGGCACCCGCAUCUUCUACUCCUUCCCAUGUCCCGGCCAUGGCGCACGGAGCGAUGGACGGCGCCAAGGCAACCCCGGGACAAACGGCAGCCCUGUAUGCGGGCGCUGCCGCCCUGCGGCUCGCCAUUUUUACCUUGCUGCCCGCGCUCCCGGACCUGCUGACGGGCCGCGUCGAGAUCUCGACUCCCGUCACGAGCUUCAAGCGCCUUCAGGAGGGCCUCUUUCUCUAUAACCACAACGUCUCCCCUUAUGACGGCGGCGUCUACCACCAGGCGCCCCUGCUCCUCCCGCUCUUCUCGCUACUCCCGAGCUACGCGAACUUCCCGAUCUUCACCUACCUGCUCUACACCGCGGUGGACUUGCUGAGCGCCCGCGCGCUAUGGACGAUUGCCGACUCGGGUGAGGCGGGGUCCUCCGCCCUGUUCACCUCACCGCGCCGGGCAAAGCGCUGGAGCGGCUUCGUGAUCGCUGCCGUCUUUCUCUUUAAUCCGUUCACCGUAGCAACGUGCCUCGGACGGUCGACCAGCGUCUUCACGACCUGCGCCAUCCUCCACGCCAUUGCCAGGGCCGUGUCCGGCGCCCCCUUCGGCGCCAUGGCCGCCCUGUCCUUCGCCAGCUAUCUCUCCAUGUACCCGCUGCUGCUGCUCCCGCCGCUGAUCCUCCUCGGCUACGACCGACAGCGCCCCGAGCGGGCCACCAAAUCCGCCCUCACCUUCGCCGCCAUCUGCGCCGCCACCGUUGCCGGAAUCCUCGCGAUCCUGUUUCAGAUGUCGUACCUCGUCACGGGCUCCUGGGAGUUCCUGCCGUCGACCUACGGCGUGCAGCUGACGCUCUCGGACCUGACGCCCAACGUCGGCCUGUGGUGGUAUUUCUUCAUCGAGAUGUUCGACUCGUUCCGCUCCUUCUUCCUCGCCGUCUUCUGGCUGCACCUGUCGAGCUACGUGGGCGGCCUGACGGUGCGCAUCCGCCGCCAGCCGCUGGUCGUGCUCACGCUCCUGCUCGGCAUCCUGUCCAUCUUCAAGCCGUACCCGAGCAUCAGCGACACGGCCCUGUUCUUCGCCCUCGUGCCGCUGUACCGGCACGUGUUCCCGCUGAUGCGGUACACAUUCCUCAGCGUCGCCGUCAUCCUGUACGCGACGUGCCUCGGCCCGGCGUUUUAUCACCUGUGGAUCUACGCCGGCAGCGGGAAUGCCAACUUCUUCUACGCCAUCACCCUGGUGUGGAAUCUGGGUCUCAGCCUGCUGGUGUGCGACUUGAUGUUUGCGGUGCUGAGGGAUGAGUGGGAGGUGGAGAGGCCAGAGAUGGCGGGCAAAGAGGUCCGGCAGAUAUAGACGAAUCAAUGUUGUGAAUGGACUGUAACAUGUUAAAACAAACCAUGGUUGAUUUGUUUACAUCCAACACAAUCCCAUCCCGCUCUGGGGUCUUGGGCUGCACGGUCAGUCCCCGUCCCGGCUCCGUAACAGCCAAGGCAUCGAAUAGUACCUCCUUGUAGGGUCCCAAUAUUUUUUUGUUGUACUCCAUGUCCCGUCCUCGUUGCGAGCGCAGGUGUUUUGUCUCUGCCUCUUUCAUUUCCCAAGCGGAUUGAUUGCCCCGCGACGUCACGUCGGUGUGUGAUGCCUGAUUGCCUGCCUGUAGUCGGAUGGCGCUCACCCGGCAGCCCCACCAAA